UCUGCCCACAGAACAGUGGCAUCCUGCCGGAGGAGACGGAAAGGCGCAGAUCCGCGGCACAAUGCUGCUUUUAUUAAUUAUCGCGGGCCUCGGAGUGGUGACGUUACUGGUGAUUUUAUUUGCGCCACAUAUCCGAAAGUAUGCGGCAGGAGGAGUGUGCAUGUCCACAGCUCGCCUGGACGGGAAGACAGUCCUCAUCACUGGGGCCAACACAGGGAUUGGGAAGGAGACAGUGCGGGACUUGGCAAUCAGAGGGGCUCGGGUCAUCAUGGCGUGUCGAGACGUGGAAAAGGGCGAGGAGGCUGCGGCCAGUGUACGAGCUGCGUACCCCAAAGCAGACGUGGAGGUUCGAGAGCUGGAUUUGGCAGAUACCUGCUCCAUACGUGCCUUCGCACAGAAAUUCCUGAGAGAGGUCACCCAUCUUCAUAUCCUCAUCAACAACGCCGGGGUGAUGAUGUGCCCUUACACAAAAACCAUUGAUGGCUUCGAGAUGCACAUAGGAGUCAAUCACUUGGGUCACUUCCUGUUGACAUCCCUCCUUAUCGGGCUGUUGAAACGCAGCGCGCCGGCCCGGAUCAUCGUGGUCUCCUCUCUGGCACACAACUUCGGCUGGGUCCGUUUCCACGACCUUCACAGCCAGGGCAGCUACAACAGCGGAUUAGCAUACUGCCAAAGCAAACUGGCAAAUGUGCUCUUUGCCAGAGAGCUGGCCCGCAGACUCAAAGGCACCAAUGUGACGGUGAACUCAGUCCAUCCGGGGACGGUGAACUCUGACCUGACCAGACACUCGACUCUCAUGACGAUAUUCAUGACGGUCUUCUCCAUGUUCGUUAAAACCCCCCGGGAAGGAGCCCAGACCAGCAUCUACUGUGCUGCAGCGGAGGAGCUGCACUCUGUCUCCGGGAAACACUUCAGUGACUGCGCCCCUGCCUUUGUGGCCCCACAGGGAAGGAGUGAGGAGACGGCGAGGAGGCUGUGGGACGUCAGCUGCGAGCUUCUUGGUAUCGAGUGGGACUGAUUUAACUUGUAACCAUCAUCUAUCUCAGUUCUCCGAGGAGUCCUUAUCCUUUCUGUUAUCAUUCUUUCGUUUGUUUCAUUAUGGUUUUGAUGUUCUGUACUUUGAAAGAUUCUUACCUAAUAGGCAGUCAGGUAAUUAUAUAAGAGGUACUAUAAUGUGAAGUUGCUUCUAUUUUUUUUUUUUGUGAAAUAAUGCAGUAAUUACAUUAUAAUAACUCAAGUCUCUUGAUGCUCUACGACGGCUCCACGAAACGAAAGCGCUCAGCUGUAUUAACAUGUAACAGACUUUUUGACCUUAUAUUUCUGUGACACAAUGUGACGACAGUGUGGGCAAAAAAAAAAAAAAAAAAAA